AUGUCGGCUCGUCCCCAGAACGUCGGAAUCAAGGCCAUCGAGAUCUACUUCCCCAGGAGGUGCAUCUCUGAAGAUGAGCUCGAGGACUUUGACGGUGUAGCCAAGGGCAAGUACACCAUCGGCUUCGGCCAGAAGUACAUGGCCUGCACCGACGACCGAGAGGACAUCAACUCGUUCGCUCUUUCCGUCGUCUCGGGUCUGCUCGAGAAGAACAACAUCGACCCCCGCAGCAUCGGUCGCCUCGACGUCGGCACCGAGACCAUCAUUGACAAGUCCAAGUCGGUCAAGACCGUCCUCAUGGACCUCUUCGGCCCCGCUGGCAACAACGACAUCGAGGGCAUCGACAGCAAGAACGCCUGCUACGGUGGUACCGCCGCCCUCUUCAACGCCAUCAACUGGGUGGAGAGCAGCUCGUGGGACGGCCGCGACGCCAUCGUUGUUGCCGGCGACAUUGCCAUCUACGCCGAGGGCUCGGCUCGUCCCGUCGGUGGUGCCGGUGCGGUUGCCAUGCUCAUCGGCCCCGACGCUCCGCUCGUCUUCGAGCCCGCGCACGGCACGCACAUGAGCAACUUCUGGGACUUCUACAAGCCCAACCUCUCGUCCGAGUACCCAGAGGUCGACGGCCCCGAGACCAUCCAGGCCUACCUCGGCUGCCUCGACAAGGCCUACGAUGCCUACCGCAAGCGCGCCGCCAAGCUGCGCAACGGCGCCGCCAACGGCGUCAACGGCCACUCGGACGCCUCCGACCUUGCCUCGAUCAAGGUCGACGACUUUGACUACACGCUCUUCCACAGCCCCUACUCGAAGCUCGUCCAGAAGGGUUUCGGCCGUCUCCUCUACAACGACUUUGUCUCGGAUCCCAAGAACGACAAGUUCGCCUCGAUCCCCGCCGAGUUUGCCGAGCUCGACCGCAAGUCGACCAUCACCAACAAGGACGUCGAGAAGGCCUUCGCCGCCUACGGCAAGGAGCUCCAGCAGUCCAAGCUCGAGCCCGGCAUGGACACUGUGCGCCGAUGUGGUAACAUGUACACCGCCUCGCUGUACGGCGGCCUCGUGUCUCUGCUCUCCAACAUCCCUUCGCAGGAGAUCCAGGGCAAGCGCAUCCUGCUCUACUCGUUCGGCUCGGGUGCCGCCGCCUCGAUGUUCGCCAUCCGCGUCAACGGCUCGACCGAGCAGCUCGUCAAGGCUGCCGACCUCAAGAACCGCCUCGCCAGCAUGAAGGUGGUGCCCUGCCAGACGUACGUCGAGGCGCUCAAGACGCGCGAGGCUACGCACAACGCCGUCAACCACAAGCCCGUCGGCCAGCUCGAGAACCUGUGGCCCGGCGCUUACUACCUCGAGAACGUCGACCACAUGUACCGCAGGACCUACGGCCGCAUCCCUGCCAACGCCAACUAA